AGGUAGGAAACAACAGUAUGGAACGAUGGUCGCCUGAGCGUGGUACUCGUGGUGGUGAACGUAGCGAUGUAGGUGACGAUUCAGAUAGGCGAUGGCGUCGUAACAGAGACAGUGACCGUAACAGUAGGAAGGGACGGGACGAAAGUGUGGACGUGGAUGAUAUGGGCAGGCGUAAACGCAAGGGAAGCUCUCAGAGUCGGUCAUAUGACAGACGUGGCCGUCACGCACCCGAGCGUCGCGAUUCCUUCGGGAGAGACAGAGAUGUCGAUGAGCGCAGCCGCCAGAAGUUCAGAUCACGGUCGCCCAUUUAUGACAGAGACGAUCGCAGAGGCAGAAACAACAACAACAAUGCCGGAGGCAGAGGAUACGAUCGCACAGAUAGAGGCGGUUCGUGGCAGCGUGGAGACUCUCGCGAGAGAGCCAGUCGUGGCCCACCUCGUGACUUCCCGAUGAGAGAUGGUUUACCUCGCCCCAUGCAGCCUCCGCCUCCUUCCAAUGGCCCUGUGAGCUUCAAGAUGUUCAUGUCUAAUCUGCCUGAGGACAUAGACGAUAAGACAGCCACAGAACAGUAUGCGCAGUACAAAGUCAACUUUCUGCAGGAUCAGAUAUCGACCUUCUUCAACGCACACAAGAAUAGUGAAUGGUUCAUGGACGAAUAUCUGGAAGCGCGGGUGCAGAAGUACGACAGUGAACGUUUUGCUGUAGCGCAAGAACGCGCGCAAAUACUUCUGGAGAAGGACACCCCAUCGCACACGGAUGAUCUGGAAGACACACUCGUGAAGGAUGUGUUGGGAGAUCUGCGUAUGACUGAGAACGACAGUGAUCAAAUGGUGAAGCUUAUUGCUAACCUCAACACAGAGUACGACAUACGAGUGAGUGAGCGAGCCCUGGAGACGUUUAACGCGGGACAGAAAGCCCAGGCAGAAGCCGAUCAAGAGACCAAAGAGGAGGGGCGCAGAAACGAAGGUGCUGGCAAAGGCAAUGUGAGUGAUGACGACACGCGAAUGUCUGGUGAUGACGCGGAUAAGGACAACGAAGACGGGGAUGGAUCUGACGCCGAGAAGAACUCGGAUUUCCAGAAUGACGCAGAAGCAGACGGAGAGGCACAGGACGAACACCCCACACCGAUGAAAGUGUGUCCGAAAUUAUUUGUAAAGAAUUUAAGUAUCCAGGUUUCGAGAGAAGAUUUGAUGGCAGCGUGCAGCGCAGCUGGGCCGGUGAUCUGCCUGUCUUUUUCUAGUCCAUUGAGUAGUAAACGCUUCAUGCGAAUGGCUUGGAUCACCUUUGCCAUUGGUGCGGAUGUGAAGAAAAUUUUAAACGCAUUGCAAGGAAAAACGAUAAAAGGAUGCAAGUUAAGCUUUGUGAUUAAUAAUCCGCCAAACACAAAGAUCAAGGUCGCACCGUCACUCGCAAACGAACGAUCACGUCUGCUACACGAUUUGGAACAAACAAAAAGGUUGAUCGAAGUGUUAGACCAACGGGCAGGUCUCUUCCACGGCGAUCUGGACGAUGAUAUAGACGAGGAUGACCACAACACACGUACACGUGUGCAACGACUGGAGAACAACCCCUUUGUAGACACACACACACCCCUCAGCAGGUCAACCACGCCAGUGCGCAAGACGAAGAGCACAAAACACUCCAGAUCAAACAAAAGUAGGAAGCGUCGUGACAGCAUGGACACUGGCGACGAGAAUGACAGGUCCAGCGACGACAAGAGUGACAAAGGCGAUAGCGCCGACGAAGAGGAGAUGGCCGAUACCGAUGAUAUCAUCAACGAGGGAGGGUUCAGUGUACGGGAAGCCUUAGACCGGCAGCUGCUGUACCUACGACUGGUACAUAACUACUGUUACUACUCGGGUGUACUCGCAAAAGAUAGUGACGCGCUUGUGCGUAGUGUGGGGCAUCUGCACGUGCGACCUACCACGGAGGAAGAGGACAGUAAUAGCCGAUUAAAGAGGAGUGACCGGGCACGAGAGCGCAGAGAAAGCCGGUCCGAAAAUAAAGGGCCGGGGCAGCAGAGACGGGACAAUUUGUUGACUAGAGAGACGGAGGAGGGUGCGGAAGCCUGGGCGAAGAGAGUGGAUAAGAGGGUGGCGGCAGUUUUGAAGCCAAAACUUGAUGAAGAUGAAGUGAAGAAAUUGAUCCGAAGUGAACGGAAUGCUAAAACUGGUAACACUGCAGCAGCCGACGACGACGAGAAUGUGGACGAAGCCGAGGAGUGUGAGAAGGCCGUUGAAAGGUUUAUAGACGAAAGCUGGACACAGAUCGAAACAGAGAAGUUCAAGUGUGUGCUAUGCUCAAAGAUGUUCAAAGGCCGAGAGUUUGUUGUCAAACAUCUGAACAAGAAACACGGUGACGAGCUACAGGGUGUCAGGAAUAGACUCCUGCUUUUCAAGCAAUAUGUGAGAGACGCAGAUAGGGUCACUCUAGACUCACUGCAAGUGAUGAGCAAUUUCGGCAGCGGCAGAUUCGAACAGAGACCGUUCAUGCCAAGGGGUGGCCACCCCAUGCAUGACGGACCAAGAGGAGGCAUGCUGAUGCGCCCGCCAUUCAAUGGCCAUAGGGGGCCAAGACCACCGCCUCACAUGAUGUUCAGGACUGGACCACCAAUGGGACAAAACGGUCCGGAUUUCCAUCAUGGACAGCCGCAAAUGUUCCACCCGCACGGACCUAGACCUAUGCGACCGCCGGGCCCUAUGGACCCACGCGGUGGUCGAGAAAUGCGCCAAUAUACAGAUUUAGACGCACCUGUGGGCGAUCGCCGGGGACCGGACUUCCGAGAACUGGUCAAUUAUGGUGACAUAUAAAGAAGAGAAUGCUUAUGUAGAUAUAUUUGAGCAAUCAAAUUCAAUAUUUCAAUUGCAGUGGACUUCAAUUGACAGACAAAUCAGUGAAAUCGCUAUUAGGUGUUAAACUCAUCAUGUUCAGUAGAUAUAAAUAUCGUCUGAGAAACGUUUACGUCGCAAAUACAGCCUACAGCGGGAUCGACUUCAUACGCAUCUUGCUAUAUGUCUGAUUUCGAUGUCCUUUUACUAUUCAAAAUUACUAGUUGAGAAUACCGUGGCGGUGUCACAGAGAGCCUGGAAACCCGUGGCAAUUUCUCAACACUUGUAUGCGUAUUCUUUGAAAGACUACGCAAGUUGUCGGCGUCUAUAGCUCUGUGCGACAUGAUUUUUUAGAAACCUUUCUUAUGCGUGCAUAUAAAGAUGCAAAUCAUUGAUAAUGCUCCAAAGACGGGCAUUCUACUGGAGGCAUAGAACUGAACUACAAGUGGUGGAUAAUCAUGAUUGUAGAUAAUUAAAUUAACAAGUGUAUCGUUGCAGUCUUCCAAUGAUUAGAGUGCGACCUGGAAAGCAAUCAAAACUGGUACAACAUACGUUUGAAUCUGUUUAGUGUCAGAACAGUGAGGAGUGAUACACUUGCAAACGGUUUGAAAUUUUAUAUAUUAAAAAUUUUAAAUAUGUAUACUGCUAGAUUAUAUUUCAUGUUGUGACUGUCAUCCGUCCAGUUUCUGUGUAACGUUCGACAUUAAUUGGUGCCUACGGAGGCACUUCGCAGACCUUUCCUCCUCUCCAUCUUGGACCGUAUUUCCGUCAUGCGUUGCUUCAGUUGCUGGUUCUCAAUCUGUCUUUCUUGUGAGAUCACAAGAGCUGGUGUAGCGGCGGGUGUGUCGGACCAAGUGACCUUGGGCGCCAUUGUAUCGUGCGCCUUCCCAGUAUUGUGUUCUGUUCGAUGUGUUCGUUCAAGCUCAUACGACAUAGCAGGCGGUGAAAAACUUAUUGGACCGCUCUUAAUAACCGUCGGCUGUAGAUGGAGGGUGACUCCAGGUCGAACACCAUACGCCACAAUUGUCCUGUGAUGACUUGUCAGUGCCGUAUAUGUAGUAUGUUUAAGUACCAAUUGCAAAUGCUGUGGUGGAACUCGUAAGUAAUUUCCUAGCGUAGUUAAGACGGCUAGUACUGGAUCUGAGGCACAAACAUUAAUCCUGAACUUCUGGCCCGUCAUUGACAAAACUUUGAUUUGAAAUGUUCCGGGUAUUGAAGCACUGUUGUUAUUAGGCAUGAUCUUUAAAAGUGUUCAACGAUUGUGAUAUGUUGCAG